CAGCCUAGGAACGUUAGCUAGCUAGCUAGCUGCUUGUUUCAGGAAAGAAGAGAAGAGUAGCUGUGACUCUCAGAUGACUAGACACGCUGUCCUCUGUAAGUCUGUAUCCUAAUCCUAUAAUAAUGAAGUCGGGACGCAGCACUUUCUUGUUCGUCCCCAAGCGAGAGCAUGCAUACUUUGCAUUGCAAUUAAGCUAAAGAUCGACUCAGAGAGACCAUGGCAUCCUCACGUGCCUACUCUCUUUCCGUGCCGUUGCUCCUCCUCGUGAUAGGAGUAUGUUGUUGCAUCAGUGAGGCAUUGCCCAUCGGCCAUCACCCCGUCGACCCGACCUGUCCUCCGGAGCCGGCGGCGUCGGCGGCCGUGCCGUCGUCGUCCUCUAGCUACGGCGAGCCCGAGCCACGCCGGCGCCGGUGCCAGCCGCCAGCGCCGCACAUCCCGGUGCCCGUGUUCCCCUACGACGUCGACCCGAUGCAGUUCGCGCUGAACCUGGAGUUCACCGAGGCCGAGUUCUUCCUGCACGCCGCGUACGGCGUGGGGCUCGACCACGUCGCGCCCAAGCUGGCGCUCGGCGGCCCGCCGCCGGUGGGCGCCCGGAAGGCCAACCUCGACGAGGUGACGUGGCGCAUCGUCGCGGAGUUUGCCCUCCAAGAAGUUGGCCACAUCAGGGCUAUCGAGCGCACGGUCGGCGGGAUCCCUCGGCCAUUGAUAGACCUCAGCGCCCGCAACUUCGCCAGGUUGAUGGACAAGGCGUUUGGGUACCGCCUGGACCCUCCCUUCGAUCCCUACGUCAACAGCCUCAACUUCAUGCUCGCCUCCUACGUCAUCCCCUACCUCGGCAUCAACGGCUACGUCGGCACCAACCCCAUCAUCGACGGCUACGAGACAAAGAAGCUUCUGGCAGGGCUGCUAGGGGUGGAGGCGGCGCAGGACGCGGUGAUCCGGGCGCGCCUCUUCGAGCACCUCGGCGAGGCCGUGCCGCCGUACAGGAACAUCACGGUGGCGGAGUUCACGGACCGCGUGUCGGCGCUGCGCAACGAGCUGGGGCGGUGCGGCGUCAAGGACGAAGGGCUGACGGUGCCCCGCGCGCUCGGCGCCGAGGGCGCCAUCUGCACCAACGUGCUCUCCGCCGACAGGGACUCGCUCUCCUACGCCCGGACGCCCGCCGAGCUGCUCAGCAUCCUCUACCUCACCGGCGACGAGCACGUGCCCGGCGGAUUCUACCCGGAGGGCGGCAACGGGAGGAUCGCCAGGUCGUUUCUUGCCAAGCCACACGGACACGGUGCUGCUCACGGGGUGCCUGGAAACUAGCUAAGCUCUGUCGUCUGUGGCCAUCAGUGUCACGGGUAGCGUAUUGGUACUAGUAUCUACGACUACGAGUGCUGCGUGCAAGAAUUCCAAUUUAAGCGAUUGUAUAUCAGUGUGUAUAUUCGGAGCUGAGCUCAUCGAUUUGAACCAAGUGUCGCGUGCACAAACAUGCUGCAACUGGAGCAUAUAUAUAUGUUGGAUGAACUUGCAAAAUUAGUUUCAUAACUAAUGGUGGAUUAAUAUCUACAUAAACAUGUGAAUGAACUUGCAAAGUUUCAUAAA